AUGAAGGUAAUGGAAUCUGAAGCAAUGAUUUCUAUAGGAUCAAACAAGCAUGAAACUGGUAAAGAAGCGCCCAUCGUGGCUGCAUGUCGCCAUCUUCUGAAGCCGAACGGAAGCAUCAUCGGCGACGAAGUAGCGAAAGCAAUAUUGCCAAGAUUUCCUGACUUGUGUUCAGCAUUGCCUGCAGAUAGCUUUCCUCACCACCAAGCGCUUCUUGGUACUGGAGACACACAUAGGGCACCACUGACCCAAUCUCGUGUUCGCCAGUUCAUAUUGAGCGAAUUCGGGCCACAAUUGCAUCAACUUGGAUAUGGGAGCGGAGAUCGAAUUGCUUUGGUCCUUCCAAACGGCCCAGAACUGGCUCUUGCAAUCUUGAGUAUCUCACAUUGGGCGUCAUGUCUUCCAUUGAAUGCGAAUGGAGCACCAUCUGAAUUGAAGAAAGAUCUUGAAGCUGCAAAUACAUCGCUAAUCAUUGGCAUUGCAGGCGUUGAAUCUCGUGCAAUUCAAGAUAUAGCACAGCAUUUGGGAAUUCCAUUUUGUGGCUUGAAGCCGAGCUCGACAGAAACAGCAAUAUUCCGGAUCGAAACUGAUCGCUUCCAGCGAGAGCAAACCGGGAGAAAGGAACAGGAAAACGGAUAUCGGGGGCACCUACUGCCGAAUGAUCACCAGUCCGAGGUGCUUGUCUUGUUCACAUCAGGAACAACUGGAAACAAGAAGCUCGUUCCUCAUAGACUUGGAGAUAUGUUGAUUGCAGCUGCAUGCAUAGCCGUCAGUUGGAACCUUACACCCGAAGAUGUCAACUGCAAUCUGAUGCCACUUUUUCAUGUCGGCGGGAUUGUUCGUCAAGUAUUUGCACCAAUCCUGAGUGCGGGCUCUGUCAUUUGUUGCCCUUCGUUUGAUCCAUCCAUCUUUUGGGGCCUCCUUUUGCAAAGUGACAAUGCAUCAUCAAAUGGGAUAAGAACAAAAUUUUCGUGGUACUAUGCUGCACCAACCAUGCAUCAAAUUUUACUAGAGACCAUGCCGGCAGCACUGGAACUUGCAAAAGCGCGCUACCCUCUGUUGCAACCACAGCUUCGGAUGAUUGCCAAUGCUGCUGGUGGUCUCUUGCCGUCACUUGCGGAAGAGCUCCGACAAGCUUUUGGAGGGGCCAACGUUUUGCCGAGCUAUGGUAUGACUGAGUGCAUGCCUAUUUCAUCUCCGCCAUCUAACUAUGAAUUGACGAAGCCUGGAACAUCUGGUGUCGCAGUUGGACCCCAAGUCGGCAUUUUCAACGCAAACGAAGAAAAACUAUCGCCUGGAAAAGAAGGUAGUAUCUGCGUACGAGGUAGACCAUGCUUCCAUGGAUACGGAGACAGGCCCCAAGGAGAGGGAUUUCAUGACGGAUGGUUCAAUACUGGUGAUCUCGGAUACCUUGAUGCUGAAGGCUAUUUGUAUAUUACUGGAAGGUCAAAAGAAGUGAUCAAUCGGGGAGGUGAAAUCAUCAGUCCAAUGGAGAUCGAAGAAGAAGUACUGUUUCAUCCCUCGGUUUCAGCAUGUGCUGCAUUCUCGACCAAACAUAAUGUGUUACAAGAAACGGUUGGUAUUGUGGUAGUCACAUCUCCAAACUCGAAAAGAAUCGACUUGGAAACGCUUCAAGACUUCUUGCAAAGUCGACUCGCUCCAGCAAAAUGGCCUCAGCUGUUGGUAUUCAUGGAUGCGCUGCCAAAGUCACACACAAACAAACUAUUGAGAGUCAAGCUCGGAGAACGCCUCGGAGUUCCAGAAAUGAACGAUGGAAUGCAACCAAUUGAAAGAACUUUCGACGCCCGAUGCCCAUCUCAAGGCACGCCAAUUACAACUCCAAUCCAAUGCGCACAGGUUACUGUGGACACCGCCCUCAUUGAACGAGCCCUGCUCAAUGAUUUGGGAGUCGAUUCCAGCGGACAUCAACUCUUGGUGACCAAACAUCCGCAUCGAAAUGGUUCCAUUGUGGUUCAUGUCCACAAUCUGAACCCACAUGACGUGAUUAAGAUUGCGAAUGAAUCACUUCAUGCAUACCAACGCCCUUCGCAUAUAUGCUCUCAUGAAGACAAGACGAUUAUGCUACGCCGGGAUUCUUGUGAAAAGAUUGUACCAAAACCGACAGAUUCGGUUGACUGUUUGCAAAUGACCUUGAAGCAUGCAGCGGCUGGAUCCGAUCCUGUAUUGGAAAAGCUACGAGGGAUUGUUCAAGAUCUCGUCGAUCAUGACCAUCUGCCGUCCCCAGAAACUUCCUUCUUUCGACUCGGAGGAACGUCGCUCAUUGCAUCACAGCUCGCGAGUCGAAUUAGAAAACAGUUUCAAGUGUCGUUCAGUGGAGCCGAUAUUUUCCAAUACAGCACCUGUCUUGCAAUGGCAAUGAAAAUUAAAUCUGAAAAAGAAGAAUCAUCCAGGAAUCAGUCGCCAUUUAACAAACCGAGUCAAAGGCACAAGGCGGGCACUGCAUUUGCGGUAAAAAAUUCUCGCGGUGGUCUUCAAGAGGUUACUUUUGAUGCCACCAAGCUCCUUCCAAGGAAAAACACUUUGAAAACUCUUUUUCAGCUGGUUCCAGGAUUCUUUGUGUUCCCUUGGUUGCAAUUCACGCGUGCAUUUCUUUUCUUUGCUCUACUUUUUGAGGUAUUGAAAGAUUUACCCGUGGAACGAAAUGUAAUUCGCUUUAUCAUUACGGUCGCUGUCUUCCACUUGUUGUGGAGCGUCUUUACGCCAUUGAUCUUUGUGCUGAUCAAGUGGACUGUCAUUGGGAAGUACAAAAGCGGUCGAUAUCCUUUCUAUAGUGUGUACUAUCUUCGAUGGUGGUUUGUGGACGUGUGUCGAAAGAUCAUUGGAAGAGGUAUCUGGGGUACUAGCAACUUUCUCUUGAUCCGCUACUAUCGAAUGCUCGGAGCGAACAUUGCAGCGGAUGCAAGAAUUGCUGUGGAGGCUGAAAUCGCCGAGUUUGAUCUCAUCACAAUUGGGCACGAUGCGUCCAUUGAAUAUUCCACACUUCGUGGAUUCGGAGUUGAUAACGGAGCAAUGCAGCUUGGUCCUGUGCGCAUUGGGACCUCGGCUAGUGUUGGAAUUCGAUCUGUCGUAGCACCAUUCACUGAAGUGCCAAACGGAGCACAUGUUGCUCCAGCAACAUCAAGCUACGACAUCACGUACAACAGCGACCGACACUUGGAGUACAACCGAUAUUCUGCCAGACCACCAUGCUGGGCACUCCAGACAUUUGUCGGUUCGCCAAUCAAGCUUUUUGUUGAUAUCUUCUCACACCUUCCAGAGAUGUACAUUAUCUUCGUAAUGAUGAAGGCACUUCGAUUCAGGUACAGAUUGGAAUUGGGAGAGUUCAGUUUCGAAACAAUUGGCGACUUGCUUGAAUGGCUUUGUGAUCCUGUUCGGCUACCAUACUUUCUUGCGAUUCGCAUCGCGCGAACUACACUUGCUCCAUUUUUGUACAUGUUGGCAGCUCUAUUUGUGAAAUACGUCUUGAUUGGAAAGUUCUGUGAAGGUCCAAGGGAUCCGUCAUCUGAAUGGGAUCGUAUGCGAGUUUGGCUCGCGGAAUCUCUAUUCUCCCAUUCACAUGUACAGGCGGUGGCAGACUUACUUGGGCGGCAUUACAAUCUGACCAGUGCGUUCUAUCGUCUCCUUGGAGCCAAGGUCGGAAAACGUGUUUUUUGGCCGGGAACGCAACCAUUGUGUUCUGGAAUCUACGAUCUGUUGGAAAUUGGCGAUGAUGUUGUCUUUGGCUCGAGAUCAACGAUUCUGUCGGCAAGCAGCACGGCCUUUGAAAAAGUCAUCUUCUGUGCUGGCGCAAACAUCUCUGAUAAUACAGUUGUGCUUCCUGGUUCAAUAAUUGGAAAGAAUGUGGUGUUGGGAUCUAACACUGUUUGCCCACACAGACGAUAUCUUCCUCCAUCGAGUACCUGGUUAGGAUCGCAACAAGGAGAGCCCAUCCUGUUGCAAUACUUGUUGGAAACAGACUUGAUUCCGCAAUAUUCGAAUGAUGUUAAGUUCUCGGAUAUCCAAAUGAGCGGCGACUCAACAACUCUUCGACCAUUUGGCAGGGCAGUAUACUUGCAGCAAGCUAAAUUUUUUGUUUGCCCAGGCUGGAUGAUGUCGAUGCUUCAUAUUGUCUACGAGGCCUCUCUGACAUGUUUCCAUGCAAUGCCCCUAGUCGGAACAAUUUAUGUUUCCGUCGAUAUUCUGUACGGAUGGGAGAGAUCAGACCGUGACUACGAACAGGAAAUCUCUCUUUUGCAUUUGUAUGGGACCAUGCUUGUCAUUUUCUGUAUUUUGCACUGUGCCAGGAUCCUCAUUGGACUUUCGUUCGAAAUCAGUGCAAAGUGGUUCUUCUUGGGCCGUCGAAAAAUGGGAAGGUAUAACUGGGACGAGUCGACGUACAAUCAGAAUUGGGAGUUUUACCAGCUAGCCACCAAAAUUCGAAAGGUCCAGAGUCGUUCAAUGCUGGACUUCAUUGCAGGAACACCUUUCAUCGACUGGUAUUUCAGAGCCCUUGGAGGAUCUGUCGGUCGCAACUGCUGCCUAUAUCCGUCAGGAGGAGACCCUUACAUGCCCGAACCCGAUUUGGUUUCCAUUGGAGAUUGUGUUACAGUUGACAUGGCUUCCAUCGUGUGCCACUUGAAUACGAAAGGAAACUUUGAGCUUGUUCCAAUCCAUCUCGAGUCUUUCACUACAUUGCGUGCAAGAUCCCGAGUUCAACAGGGCGUCCACAUGGAAUCAAAUGCAAUGAUCCUGGAAAAGAGUCUAGCGCUCACUGGUGAAGUCAUCGAGAGUAGAAGUAUAUGGCAGGGAUCACCAGCAGAAAGUAUAGCUGAAUAUGAUGAGCAAACUGAAAGCGAGCGUACUGAUGAGACACUUUCCCUGUUGCAUAGAUCGGAUACCUAUGGAACGCUGAUUUGA